CCACGUUCCCUCCCCCUUCGCUGACUGACAGCUUACUCUACCAUGUCUUCUCGAGCAUUACGAAAAUUACAAAAGGAUCAGGGCUUAGCUCAUUUAGCAGAAACUCUUUCGAGUCGCUCAGACGAACACGACGUCAAUGAAGAAAGCGAUGUCGAGACUGAGACUGCUACCUCAUCUAAACCUGCCAAAAACCUCUUUGAUCUGCUGGACGAAGGAAACGACGAAGAAGAUCCCGUAGCUGCUUCUCCAAGCAAGAAGAAGAACAAGAAGAAGAAAGGGAAAAAAUUACAGAAAGUGCAGAACGUUGAUAGCCAACCUUCCUCACCAGCGGCGACGUCUAAGAAAUCAGAUGUAGGCGAGAUGACUUUGGAAGAGUUGGAUCAGCUGUUACAAAAUGAAACCAAAGGAUAUGCUGGUACAGGGCUUGCACAAUCUGCAGUUAGCACAAAUGCUGCUGCUGAAUUAAGACAGUCGUUAUCUGUCGAGACCAAGUACUUGGAUGCUGAUGCUGAAAUGAAACGCAUGUUCGGUUCUAAAGUCGUUAAUAAGGAGAUGCGAGAGAGAUCGCAUGGAAGAGUGCUGAAGAAAACCCGACUUGCUACACCCAAGGUGGAUUGGAGCCCAUAUUCCCAGCAAGGAUUGAGUAUGAAAAUCAUAGAUAGUAAAGCUGGCAUUACCGAGUUUUGCUAUGUUCAGUCCGAGUCAUACCAGGAUGCGCAAUUAGAGUUCUUAGAGUGUGUAGAGAGCCAUGACCCCAACAACAUUGUAUUACUGAAUCGAUACUAUCCUUACCAUAUCGACUGCCUGGUGCAAAUUUCAGAAAUUGCAAAACAUGGUGGAGACUGGACAGUGGCAGGAGAAUGCAUCGAAAAAGCACUUUACGCCUGUGAACGCGCGUUCCAUCCUAACUUCAACAUUUCAUCCGGUUGUGUUCGACUGUCUUAUAAAUAUGAAGAGAACAGGUCGUUCUUUUUAGCCAUCCAUCGUCAUAUCCAAUUUCUGUCCCGUCGCGGGUGCUGGAGGACUGCGUUUGAGUUCAACAAGCUUUUGCUCAGUUUGGAUCCUGUUGCUGAUCCUUUAUGCGCCAAUUUGUCCAUUGAUUUCUACGCACUGAAAUGUAACGAGCAUGAAUACUUUUUAAAAUUGAUGGCCGCUUUGAGAGACAGCAAUUCAGGAGUAUCAGAACCAACACUUCCAAACUUUGCCUUCUCUCAAGCCUACUCAAUGUUCAAGCUAGAAAACAAGAAAAAGAAGUCAGAUGAAGACGCCAAUUUGACGAGUGAAAGCUCUCGGUGCCUACAGAAAGCUAUCUUGACAUAUCCCAUGAUUGUACUUGGUUUAGCCGAAAAAUGUGGUCAAACUGAUUCUAUCAUUGCCACUCACCCCCUCAUGAGCUUGACCGAGACAUCAAGUCCAUAUCUGAACCUGCUUAUUCAGCUUUUCGUUCAACGCAACUUCACUCUCUGGAAAGAACCCGAGGUCAUUGCAUGGCUUUUUGAAAACACUCAUACGGCACUUGCCCGCUUUGAUGCUCAUGCCACAAAAGCAGACGAAGAGGUGCAGGCUGGAUUAGAUGUACGAACGAAAGCAGCCGUGUUUUUCCCGGCCGACGUUGACAAGGAUCCUCACCACGGAAUUCCUCUUAACGUAAGCCGUCAUAUUCUCAUUUCCGACAUUGAGCGACUACUCGCUUUUAUACCAGACGAGGUAAAGCAACGCAGUCACCAUAUGCAUGAUCCACUACCACCACUUGAUUCCAUCUCGCCUUAUAAUGACGUGGACACUGCAGAAGGCAGAGAGAGAAAUCGUACUAGACGUGUCCUUCAACCUGGUGCUCGAGGAAACCUGGUCAAUAUGCUCAACAAUCUUCUCGGAGGAGCUGGCGGUCGUCGCCUGGGCCAAGAAGCUAAUCAACGCUUGAGAGAAAUGAUAGGCAUGCUUGAGCAACAGCAAAUGCCUGAAAUCGUGCAAGACCGGUUCCCUGGUGCGUUCCCAGAUGAUGACGAAGGAAUUGCCACCCCAGUAGAAGGCUUUGAGCAUAUCGAAGAUGCUGGCGUAGAAAACGCAAAUGCAGCAGGAAACAAUGGUGGAUUCAACCUCACAACCCUUAGGAAUACUCUCAAUAGAUAUUUGUAUGCACAGGAGACGGGUGGAGAUUUGGCGGAUAUGGAAGAAGCCUUGUCGGAUGACGAUAUCGCUUUACAAAUGGCUCUCCAAGAAACAUUCGAGAAUGGCGAACAAUCACAGGAGGAUAGCCAAAGCGGUCAGGGAAGCAGCAGUGGGCAAUAAUACAGGUCCAUUGUAAAACAUUACAUGCAUUCAAAAGUAUUUCAAACCAUUUAUAAUGCUCACACUGUCAAACAAAAAAUUGAUGCUUAAAUACUAUGAGUUAGAGACCACUGAAUGUUUGCCUGCUUAUGCAGGUCAACAAGCUCUGAUGAAUGUAAUGUACAGUUCUGACUCAUUAGGUAGCCCAACCAGAUCAAAAUAAAUGUUUUAUCAAAUUUUCAUACAAUGACA